CAGUCUACUAGGUGGUAGGAAAAGAGUGAAUGAGUGAGUGUACGGGGUGGUGUUUGUGUGUGUGUUUACUUUUUCAAACAGUACUCUUUCUUUCUUCCCCCAUUGGCAGCAGCUGCACCAGUUGGUAAACCCCAACUGCAUGCAUUUUCUUCAUUCAAAUCUCGCUGAUUCCACCAAUCUUGGAAUCUUGAGAUGGGGUUUGAGCUGAGGUUGUAGUUUUUAGGGUAGGUGAUCAGAGAGUCUAAUUAGCACUGUAGAAUCAAAAACAUUGAUUAGUGGGUUUUUUCUUCUUACUUGUUAGUAGUCCCGAGUUUUUAUUCUAGAUUAGUGUUUGUAAAUAUAGGCAAUCAAAAGGAAUUUAGAUGUAUAGAUUGAUUUAUAGUUUGAGAAUCGGAUUCGAUAGUUAAAGAAGAUUAAAACUUUGUUUAGUUUUAUAGUUUGAGAGCUGAAAAAUGUUGGAGCCUGUGAUGUGUUCUUCUCGGGUAUUCUCGCCUUUGAGGGAGGAAAGUGGUGAUGAAGAGCUUUCUGUUCUUCCUAGGCAUACCAAAGUUAUUGUGACAGGAAAUAACAGAACAAAGUCUGUUUUGGUGGGUCUGCAAGGAGUUGUCAAGAAGGCUGUUGGACUCGGUGGUUGGCAUUGGCUGGUUCUGAAGAACGGGGUUGAGGUGAAACUGCAAAGGAAUGCGUUGAGUGUUCUUGAGCACCCCACUGGGAAUGAAGUAGACGAAGAUUUUGACUUUGAUAGUAGCAGCAGCACUGACAUUGGUGAAAGGGAAAAUGAUUACCCCACUGGUAUGGAGUUCAGCAAGGUGACCAAGCCAAGGGUUCGCUACUCAAGAUCUUGGGCUCCAAUGAAGUCAAUUAACAGAAGUUGUUAUAAAGAAGUUCGAUCUAAUAUUCUUAUACACCACCCAAAAGUGAACUUGUCAAAGCUAGGAACCAGCACAUUGUGGAAAUACUGGAGCACCUACAACCUUGGAAGCACGAAUUGUAAUCCUUCAAAGGAGCAGUUGCUUGAUGCUGUUCAGCAGCAUUUUGCUUCACAGCAUGUGGAUGAGGUUCAAGGGAUUGUGGAGUUUAUACAUGCGGCCAAGAGACUGAAAUCAGCUGGUGGUAGACGGAGAAAGUGAGCCAAGCGACCACAUAGAUUCAAAUUUGCAAUGGUUAUAUAAUUUCGAAUACAGCACAUAAUAUUACCCCCUAACCUCUUUAGAUCAGUUAGUACUUAGUAGUCAUAGUCCGUUGCUAAGUUUUGAGGGCUACUUGGUUCCUAGCAAUUUGCCCCUCCCCUCCAUAUAUGAUGCUGAUCCCUAACCCCGCUAAUAGUUAAAUUAUGUUAUCCUUGCUCGUCUAGAUACUAAUAUCCGUAGCAAGCAUAAUAUUAUCUACUUGUAAAGUUUAUGGUAAUUAUCUCAAGGAUUCGACUC